UGAAAAACCGAGUGAAGAAGCUACAAACAACCUGUGGAUAAAAAAACAACCAAAAAAGUAUCGGUCCUAUUGAACGUUAAAGGGUGGAGAUGAGAGCCGUAUUAGCAUGGAAGGAAACAGUCAGUGAACAAUGUGUUUAUGAUCUUGCCUUCAAGCCAGAUGGCAGCCAGCUCAUCAUUGCUGCGGGGCUUCGUGUCCUGGUGUAUGACACAGCAGAUGGAGUUCUUAUCAUGCCUUUAAAAGGACACAAAGACAUAGUGUACUGUGUUGCCUAUGCUAAAGAUGGUAAAAGGUUUGCCUCAGGGUCAGCAGACAAAAGCAUCAUCAUCUGGACGUCUAAACUGGAGGGUAUUUUGAAAUACACUCACAAUGACUCUAUCCAGUGUGUUGCCUACAACCCUGUCACUCACCAACUUGCCUCCUGCUCUUCAGGUGACUUUGGUCUGUGGUCCCCGGAGCAAAAAUCUGUGAACAAACAUAAAGUGAGCAGCAAAAUAACAUGUUGUGGGUGGACAAAUGAUGGCCAGUAUCUAGCCCUUGGCAUGAUGAAUGGAGUGGUGAGCAUUCGGAACAAGAACGGAGAGGAGAAGGUCAAGAUAGAGCGUCCAGGAGGCUCCUCAUCUCCGAUCUGGUCCAUAGCCUGGAACCCCUCCAACAGGUGGCAGUGCUCAACCAAAGAGCAGUACAUCUAUUUCUGCGAUGGAGAUCAUGAUGACUGGGAUGAGCACAAUGACAUUCUGGCUGUGGCAGACUGGGGUCAAAAGCUGUCCUUUUAUCAGCUCAGCGGGAAACAGAUUGGAAAAGACAGGACUCUCACCUAUGACCCUUGUUGCAUCAGCUAUUUCUCCAAGGGCGAGUAUAUAGUCAUGGGUGGCUCUGAUAAACAGGCCUCCCUGUACACUAAAGACGGUGUGCGGCUAGGCACCAUUGGAGAGCAGCAUUCCUGGGUGUGGACGUGCCGCGUUAAGCCUGACUCCAACUUUGUGGUGUUGGGCUGCCAGGAUGGGACCAUCGCCUGCUACCAACUUAUCUUCAGUACAGUUCACGGCCUCUACAAGGAUCGCUAUGCUUAUAGAGACAGCAUGACUGAUGUCAUUGUCCAGCACCUCAUCACUGAACAAAAAGUGAGGAUCAAGUGUCGUGAGCUGGUGAAAAAGAUCGCCAUCUACAGAAACCGUCUUGCUAUCCAGCUGCCUGAGAAGAUCCUCAUCUAUGAGCUCUAUUCGGACGACUUCUCAGAUAUGCACUACCGCAUCAAGGAGAAAAUAUGCAGGAAGUUUGAAUGCAACUUGCUGGUGGUCUGCUCCCAGAAUAUCAUCCUGUGUCAGGAGAAGAGGCUCCAGUGCAUGUCCUUCACCAGUGUCAGAGAAAAAGAAUGGGUGAUGGAGUCUCUAAUUCGCUACAUCAAAGUGAUUGGUGGUCCGCCAGGCAGAGAGGGCCUUCUAGUAGGAUUAAAAAAUGGAGCUAUCCUGAAGAUAUUUGUUGACAACCCGUUUCCCAUCACACUGCUGAAGCUGUCAACAUCAGUGCGCUGCCUGGACAUGAGUGCCUCUCGCAAUAAACUGGCUGUGGUAGAUGAGCACAACACUCUCCUAGUAUACGACAUCAACAGUAAAGAACUGCUUUUUCAGGAGCCUAAUGCUAACAGCGUGGCCUGGAACACCCAGUGUGAGGACAUGCUGUGCUUCUCUGGCAAUGGCUACCUUAACAUCAAGGCUAGCAACUUUCCUGUACACCAGCAGAAGAUGCAAGGCUUUAUGGUUGGCUACAACGGCUCAAAGAUUUUCUGUCUCCAUGUUUAUUCCAUGUCUGCUGUGGAGGUGCCUCAGUCAGCACCCAUGUACCAGUAUCUGGAGAGGAAGAUGUUCAAGGAGGCCUAUCAGAUCGCCUGUCUAGGUGUGACAGACAGUGACUGGAGGGAUUUAGCCACAGAGGCCCUGGAGGGACUCGACUUUGACACUGCAAAGAAGGCCUUCAUUAGAAUAAGAGACCUGCGCUACCUGGAACUCAUCAACAGCAUCGAGGAGAGGAAGAAGCGGGGUGAGAACGACAAUGAGCUGUUCCUGGCAGACGUCUAUGCCUACCAGGGGAAAUUCCACGAGGCAGCCAAGCUUUACAAACGCACUGGCCACGAAUCCAGAGCCCUGAGCAUGUAUACUGACCUGCGCAUGUUCGACUACGCUAAGGAUUUUGUUGGAGCGACAGACCCUAAGAGCACUCGGAUCCUGAUGACCAAGCAGGCAGACUGGGCUAAGAGCAGCAAGGAGCCCCGGGCAGCAGCAGAGAUGUACCUGUCAGCAGGAGAACAUCUCAAAGCCAUAGACAUUAUAGGCGAACACGGCUGGGCAGACAUGCUGAUCGACAUCGCUCGCAAGUUGGACAAGGCUGAGCGUGAACCGCUGGCAAAGUGCGCGUUCUACUUCACGAGGCUGAAGCACCAUGGCUAUGCCUCAGAGACUUAUUCCAAGAUGGGAGACUUGCAGGCUCUAUUGCAGCUGCAUGUGGAAACCCGGCAUUGGGACGAGGCCUUCUCACUGGUGGAGAAGCACCCCCAGUUCAAAAACAACGUCUUUGUGCCUUACGCCCAGUGGCUGGCUGAGAAUGACCGCUUUGAAGAGGCGCAAAAAGCAUUUCAUAAGGCAGGGCGACAGAACGAAGCUGUGAAAGUCCUGGAGCAGCUGACCCACAAUGCAGUGGUGGAAAACAGGUUCAACGAUGCAGGGUACUAUUAUUGGAUGCUGUCUAUGCAGUGUCUGGACAUUGCCAGAGAAAGUGAAGACCAGAGGGAUGAAAUGCUAAAGAAGUUUGAGCGUUUUCAGCAUCUUGCUGAGCUCUACCAUGUCUAUCGCUCUAUUCAGCGCUACACGGAUGAGCCUUUCAGUUCCCACAUGCCGGAGACGCUCUUCAACAUCUGCAGAUUCCUCCUUAACAACCUCACCAAGGAAAUACCACCAGGAAUUUCCAAAGUUAACACCUUGUAUGCUUUGGCCAAGCAGAGUCAAAAGCUAGGUGCAUAUAAACUUGCCAGGUAUUCCUACGAGAAGCUCCAGGAGCUGCACAUUCCCUCCCGCUUCCAGGAGUCCAUAGAACUGGGGAGCCUCACCAUUCGCGCUAAACCGUUUCAUGACAGCGAGGACCUGAUUGAAGGCAUGAUGUGCUACCGCUGCUCCACCAACAACCCCCUACUGAACAACCAGGGCAGUGUGUGCAUCAACUGCAGACAGCCUUUCAUCUACUCGGCCUCGUCAUAUGAGGUUUUGCCUCUGGUGCAGUUCUACCUGGAGGAGGGCAUCAGCGAUGAAGAGGCUGUGUCUCUGAUUGACCUAGAAGUCCCACACACGGAUCAGAGGGAUGCACGCUGGCACGAUAUGGACAAUGGUGAGCUGCAGGCUUUGAGGAUGGAUGAUGGUUUGGAUGAUGCAGAGGAAGACCCAUUUACAGCCAAAAUGAGCUUUGAGCAGGGGGGCUCGAACUUUGUCCCAGUCAAGGUGAGUCGCUCGGUGUUGCGCUCAAUGAGCAGAAGGGACGUCCUGAUCAAACGCUGGCCCAGGCCGCUCAAAUGGGAAUACUUCCGCUCCCUGCUGCCUGAUGUGAGCAUCACCAUGUGCCCCACCUGCUUUAAGAUGUUUCACAGUGAGGAUUAUGAGCUCCUCGUGCUCCAACACAACUGCUGUCCUUACUGUCGCCGGCCCAUCGAUGAACCAAACUGAUCUACUUAAAACUAGAACAGCUAUUUUAAACAUUUCACUUUUUGUACCCUCAGGCUAACAUUUUUGUCCUUUUGGAUAUUCUGACCUUUCUACAUCGUUCUUUUACAUUUCAUCAGCGUUGUAAUAUAAAUAGACAUCUGUUGUAAUGUAAUGUAAAUGUGUUACCUGUUACCUGUCCUCUAGCUCCGUCUCAAGAGCAGUAAUACCUGUAGUGUUUGUGUUGGUCAUUAUAGAGUGAAACAAAAGUGCAACAUCAGCCAAUUAACCCAAUUGGAUUAUUAGGAUCAGAUUAGCUUGGGCUGUCACUGAUUACAUCAUUACUUUAAAGAGAGCACAGAUGUACAGUGUAAAAAAAAAAAUCACUAUGAUGAGAAAAUAAUUAAAAAGACACUAUUUUAACGUAAUAGAUGACAUAUAUUUGUUAUGUAGAGAACAUUGUUAUUCACAAAGGACAGAUACAUCAAGUGCAUUCAACAGGCUUAUUUAUACUGUAUGUUUUCUAACAUGUAUUUUUUAUAUUGUUACGAAGGAACACAAGCCUUUUCAAUAAAAUAUUUUCUAUGGCA